GGCAGUCUGGCAUCGCAAUCUCCUACUGCUGCAGCCGUUGACGGAGUGCUGUGCUGCUGCGCGAUUUAUCGGGUGGAGGGGUGCAAAGGUGUACAGAGAGGCGCUAGAAGACGUACCGUUGUCUAUCAACGUCUGCUGUGUAGCGUGGGUCUUGCAUCCAAUCUACCGGAAGAGAACUUUCUAGGGCAAUUUGUUAUCUGGACUGCCGUACUGCCGUCACCUCACCACGUGCCUGCUGUCACCGCUCGUUCGCAUACGCCGUUUCUCACGCCACUGAGCGCAACCUCGUCCUCGCCUUCAACAGGUGCCAUCUCCGCGAGCAGCACGCUUUCAUCAGCAAACGUCAGGCGGUCUCAUGUCCCUCGUACAGCGCGUCACUUCCAUCGAAGGCACUGAUCGCGAACCCCCGCGCAUCCCGGAAGACUGGCUUUCCCCGAAUCUCUCGCCGGCGCGCGUUCCUAAUGGCUACGGCACGAUCCAUGGGUAUCCUUCGCAGCAUCGUACUUCGCUGCUUCAUGCGAAACCCUCGGUGAGGUCGUUACGGCGCGUGGUUAGCUACGAUGUAUUACACGGAGAGGCGGAGCCGAGCCAGGCUACGAAUCCGACUGGUGGUGUGACAGCGUACAAAGUCCCCAUUGUGAGGCGUGUUGCUCAGGUGGUUUUCACCGUGCUGACCUGUUGGCUUGCGUCCGGCAUCGUCUUCGGCUUUGCCGCGCUCAAGCCUGUACUGAUAGGUGAAGGAGUCUAUCGCGAAUUCUGCACCGCAGACGAGCUCGCCGACCAUGUCGAGGUCUGCGUUGAGCAGGAUUUGAGAUUGAACUUCUUCUUUGCGGUGGCGAGCACGACUUGCAAUGUUUCAGCGCUCCCUGUCGGCACCAUCCUCGAUCGUUAUGGACCUCGAGUGUGCGCAGUCAUCGGCAGUAUCGCUUUGGCGAUUGGCAGCAUUCUGAUGGGCUACGCUUUCGCGAUCCCGGAGUUUGAUGGCUACAUUGUUGGCAAUAUCUUCUUGGCGCUCGGAGGCACGUUCAUAUUCGUGCCCUCUUUCUCCAUAGCCAACGCCUUUCCGAAGUUCUCGGGUACCAUCGUCGCCACCGUCACGGGCGCCUUUGACGCCUCCGCUGCUGUGUUUCUCUUCUACCGUCUGGCUUACGAGUCGUCGAACGGCACAUUCAAGCCUGAGAAGUUCUUCUUUGGGUAUCUUGCUGUGCCGAUUAUCAUUUUUGUCGCUCAGUUCACGUUGAUGACGCCGGAUGGAUAUAAAAGCGUGCCUCAGUUAGAGAUGAAGCUGGAGAAGGCGGAAGACCCAACGCAGGAUGUCCACGACUCCGAUGACGAGCUCUCUGACGCCGAAGUUCGCCGUCUGCGCGCCCACAGACGGGAGCAUCGGGUUUCUAAAGUCGCAGAUCUUGAAAGUCUCAUUGGCGACGCUGACUUCCGCGAGGCUCGCGAGCACAAAGAGGAAGAACGGCAUGUCAAGAGUGGUGUCUGGGGCGCUCUGCACGGCCAACCUGCCUACAAGCAGAUUGCCUCACCCUGGUUCAUCUUGAUCACGCUGCUCACUGUGCUGCAGAUGCUGCGCAUGAACUUCUUCAUCGCCACGAUUAAGACGCAGUAUGAGUAUAUGCUGCACUCGGAGAAGGCCGCCAAGAACAUCAAUGGAUUUUUUGACAUCGCGUUGCCUAUCGGAGGUGUAGCUGCGACGCCUGUGAUCGGGUUGCUGCUAGACAAUGUCAGUACGGCGAAUAUGCUUGCUAUCCUGGUGGUAUUGACGACUGCGGUCGGCGUGCUCGGCUCUCUGCCUUUCUACUGGGCAGGUUACGGCAACGUCGUGUUGUUCGUCUUGCUGCGACCGCUCUACUACUCAGCCAUGUCCGACUAUGCAACCAAGGUCUUCGGCUUCGCGACGUUCGGCAAGAUCUACGGCACCAUCAUCUGCCUGAGCGGUCUGGUCAAUUUGUUCCAGCCUGCGAUCGACGCGCUGACGUACGAGGGGUUUCACGGCAAUCCGAUACCAGUCAACGCCGCCCUGGCUGCGCUGGGUUUCGUCUUUGGCGUCAUGUUGGUGGCGUACGUCUACUGGCGUGGGGGCGUGGUGCGGAAGAAGCAAGGGAGGGAAGACGCAGAGGUGGAAAGGAUGGCGAGGAUUCCAGAGUCCAUCCUCGAGAGUGAAUUUGAAGACUAAUGAGCAAGGCAUGUGUUGCCGUUUGUUGUACAUCCCUGAGCGUUCCUAGCGGCGUUCGAAGCGUUUAGAGCGGUGUUACAAGAUACAAUGGGUAUAGUGGGCAUAUAUGUGGUUGGGUACACGAGCGACUGAACUUCAAAGCGUUGGCAAUAACUUGGCCCAGCAAUUGUCGUAUUCAAGUGCAACA